AAGACUCAAAGGCGGGCCUACGAGUUUAGCAGUGGAACUAUAAAUGCAGUAGCUUGCGCUCAUUUUUUCCACAGGUACCCAUCGUCGUACGGAGAGGUAACUACAUCCUGGAAACGAACAUAACACGCAGACGAACAAGUGAAUAAUGGCUCGUACCAAGCAGACCGCUCGUAAAUCCACUGGAGGAAAGGCGCCCAGGAAGCAGCUGGCCACUAAGGCUGCCCGGAAAAGCGCGCCAUCCACCGGUGGAGUGAAGAAGCCCCACAGAUACAGGCCUGGUACUGUUGCCCUGCGUGAGAUCCGUCGCUACCAGAAGUCCACUGAGUUGCUCAUCAGGAAGCUUCCUUUCCAGCGUCUUGUCAGGGAAAUUGCCCAGGAUUUCAAGACUGAUCUGCGGUUCCAGAGCGCAGCUAUCGGCGCCCUGCAGGAGGCCAGCGAGGCUUACUUGGUGGGUCUGUUUGAGGACACAAACCUGUGUGCCAUCCAUGCCAAGAGGGUGACCAUCAUGCCAAAGGACAUCCAACUGGCCAGGCGAAUCAGAGGAGAGCGCGCUUAAGCGUUUGGCUUUUCUUUUUUUAAUUGUUGUUUAGGGGGUUGGUUGGGUUAGGAUUGACUUGUUUUGUAAAUUGUGAACCAUUACCGGCAUGUGUAGCUCCCAAUUUGUCACAUUUGUAUUUUUUUUAAUUACUAUUUUUACUUUGACUCAACUGUGCUAUUCACUAUAGUAGUGCUUCAUCUGGAAACUCAUUUUUCUGCCUUUCUCAGGGCUGUUGGCUCAUCUUAUGCUGUGUGUGCAUGCCAUGGGAUUCCUUUCUUGUAAAUAAAAUUUCCACUACCUCA